UGGAACCUUGGUGGACCACCGUCGGCACCUGCUCCGUUUGUCUGUCGAACCCACAAUCUCAAUCAGGUCUCCGCUAGGGUUUAGCAGAGGGGAGAGCGAUGGUGAGACUAGCGGAGGAGAUUAUUGAGGAGAUACUGCUGAGACUACCAGUGAAAUCUCUGCUACGGUUCAGGUGCGUAUGCAAAGCCUGGUGCACUUUAAUCUCCCAACCCCAAUUCACUAAAGCCCACCUCUGUCGACAACGUACACAUCCCAUUACUCAAAUCCUUGUUCCCCCCUCCGUGGACUCACAACCGAAUGAUGGUUUUUCGGUGGAUCUUGAAUUUCCCUUGGGUCUCUCUAGCUCUAAAGGCAGUACAGCAAUUCUGGAUUCUUGUCAUGGGUUGCUGUGUUUAGUUGAUGGCUUUUAUGGCUUUCAUAUCCAUCAGCCCCCUCAUGAACUCGUCUUAUGGAACCCAUCUACCAGACAGUCCAACCAUUUGCCGUUCCCUAGUUUUGUUAAUUACAGUAGCUGCUUGUAUGGUUUCGGCUAUGAUUCUUACUCCGAUGACUACAAGAUUGUUAGGGUUUUCAGCUUAAGCGCUACUCAUAGAACCGGAAUCGAUGUUUUCAGUCUGAAAACCAAUAAUUGGAGAAGAGUUCAGGCGACCCAUUCAAGUGUAAUUGAAUAUGAGUUAGCAACUUUUUUCAAAGGGAGUGUCCAUUGGCUAGCGCGGCGCCCGAAUGGUGCCGGGAAACGUUGUGUAAUAGUUGCUUUCAGUUUCAGAGAGGAGAAAGUCCAGGAGAUGGAAUUGCCUAGUAAAAGUGUUUUCUUUGGUUUGAGGGUUCUAGGGGAAUGCCUCUGUGUGGCUGGUUUAUGUUCUUAUGAUUUAGAUUCUGAUGAGAUGUGGGUGAUGGAAGAAUACGGCAAGAAGGAGUCUUGGAAAAGGUUAAUCACUUUUCCAUAUGGAACUGGAGAUGAUUCAAAUGGGCAUUUCCCCCGUGUGUUGCGAUUUUUGGAGAAUGGUCCUCUACUGGUGGUUCAUGCAGAGAAGUUGGUGCUCUGUGAUCCUAAAGAAAACACAUGGAAGAAUAUCACAACUUAUAAAUGGACUAAGUUUCUUCAGUUGGAUGUGGCUUUAUAUGUAGAGACUCUAGUUUCACCCUAUGGCAAGAAUGGGACAGUGAUCACUGUGCCUAACACACUGGAAAUUAGUAAGAAGGAAAUGAAGGGUACAAGGAGGGAGGUGGAGGCUGAUGGGACGCUAAUGUCUUUGCCUAACAGAAGGGGAAUCAAUGAACAGGAGGAGAGGGAAACCAAUAAGGAGGACGAAGAGGAGGAUAAGUAAGUACUUCUCCAGUUUGAGCUCCAAGAAAGCCGCGGCCGGAGUCCUGAAUGCUAUUUGUUUUGCAGAUAUUGGGAUCUGUGGUUGUGGUAGAGACCUUAUGCUUCAUUGCAAUGUGUAAUUAAAUUUGAAUAAUUGCUUAUUCCUGGCUAGUCCAGAGCAAAAAGAUUUACCUUUGAUGUCAUUACAAU